AUGGCAUCAAUUCAUAGCCUACCGGGGCUCGGAUCGCAUGGUUCGAGCAAUAAGAUAAAUAAGUCGAGAGCUAGGACGGCAGUCAAACCCAUUCUUAAGAAACUUUCGUCGCAAUCCGAGAAGAAUUCGUUAGAUUUGGAUAGAGGGUGGACAGAUCAAGAUGAGCAAUAUCAAACCCGCGACGGCUGGGUAGUAGGAGUAGGAGGAGGAAAGGGGGUAGCAGGAGUAGAGAAGUCGACUAAGGAGAUAAACUUUACUUUGAACGAGGCUGGUACGAACCGAUAUAAUCAUGCCAGGUCGAUAAGCGGUGCAAGCCAUGUUUCUGUUGCGACAAGCAGCAGCUCCGGCCCGCGUCACCAAGUCGGUGCGCCGUUCGUACAUCCUUUUCAGCAGACACCUCGGACGUCAACCCCGCCUUUAUCGUAUGCCAAUUCGCAAACGUCCUUCUUCGACAUCACUGAGGAUGAUAACGAUGAUAACGAUGAUAGUAUUGGUAGCUGCAGCAAUAGCAACAGCAACAGCAACAGCUUAGACGCAAGUCACAGCCAUAGGAAUAGCCUUCACAUUCAGAUGAACUCACAUUCACAUUCUCAACCUACUUUGGGCAUACGCCGCCCGUCCUUAGCAAGUACACAGCGCACUUCGUCCUUUUCUGAAGUAAAAAAUGCCCAUACUUCAGCCCCUCAUCCUUCUCAACACCCACCCCCCCUCCGAAUAAAUACUUCUCGGACCGUCUUAGCGUCUCCCACGCAGUCUUCUCGCCUCCCCAAUGUUCCAGGUCGAUCUGAUCUACAACUCGAUCGCAUAACGGACUCGCCCAUAUCUCCGUCCAAUACUCCCUCAAAUCACGUUGCAUCGCCCUCCAGCUCAUCAACUCCGAUGUCUCCCUUACGCUCUUCGUUCGACGCCAGCGGGUUCCCGCGUCUGCGCGCAAAGUCUGACCUGGACACAGCUACUCGCGCUGAACACCUUCGAGCAGCCCGUCGGAAAUUCGAGCUGAGGGAGAAGGCCAAGGAGGAGAAAUACGCCCGAGAGGAGAUCAAGCGUCGCGAGCGAGCCGAUAAUAAGCGCGCUCUCGAGAAGGAAAGGUACGCGGCGGCUGUGCAUAAGGAGCAGAUGGCUGCGAGAGCCCGCCUAGAGGCAGCCGAGCUCGAGGAAGCAAUAGCUCGCGGGAAGCAUAAUAGGAAGUUCAGCGGAACCAGUAGCAACCGCCCGAGCAUAGCCAUCUCUAGGACCAGCAUGUCGCGACCAAGUACGUCGCGUAAGAAUGUCCCUAGCCCCUUAGGAGAGUCGGAGAAGUUUGCUAGUAGCAACUACGACAGCAUGGAUGCGCGAAACCCACCAGCUUUUGGUUUCGAGGCCGGAGGGGCGCAAAGCGUCCCCUUUCAGCCUACCAAGCGCAGAAAUACAGCUAAGAGAAAGACCCAGAGCACGUGGACUAUGUUCAUAUUAUGGCUUAGAACAAAGCUGCUCAGGGUCAGCAAGAACCGUUGA